AUGAUUUUGAAGUUUUACCAACAUGUCCUGGCCUUGGCCUUUGCUCUCAAAGAGAUCAAUGAGAACCCCCACAUCUUGCCCAAUAAGACACUCGGGUUCCGCAUCUAUGAGAACUACUUUGACGAGAAGAUGACCUAUCAUAGCACUCUGGAGCUGCUUUUCAAAACACAUGGUUUUGUCCCUAACUACAAAUGUGGCACCCAAAAAAACCUCAUUGCUGCCAUCGGGGGCCUUGACCGUGAGAGCUCCAUCCGUAUGGCAAAUAUCUUGGAUCUCUUCAAGAUUCCACAGCUCCACCCUUUUCUUCAAGGCAAUUCAUUUAACAACUCAGCAGGAGAAAAGGUAUCUUUUAACAGCGACAGGGAAGUGGACGAAGGGUUUGAUCUCCUGAACAUGGUCACAUUCCCAAACAAGUCCUUCUUGCGGGUUCCACCUCUUUCUGAGUGUAACGCACACUGCCAACCUGGUUCUCAGAAGGGGAAAAAGGAAGGGGAAAAAUUUUGUUGCUACAAUUGUUCUCCAUGCCCAGAAGGAAAGAUUUCAAGGCAGAAGGACAUGGCUGACUGCAUCAAGUGUCCAGAAGAUCAGUAUCCAAGCAAGGAUCAAGAUCGUUGUCUGCCCAGGAAAAUACAUUUUCUGUCUUGUGAAGAGCCUUUAGGGAUCAGUUUGGCGGCCAUUGCUAUGUCUUGUUUCCUGAUCACAGCUUUGGUUCUAGCAAUUUUUAUUAAGCACAGACAUACGCCGAUAGUCAAGGCCAACAACCGAGAUAUCACCUACACUCUGCUGGUCUCCCUCUUGCUCUGCUUCCUCUGCUCUUUGCUUUUCCUUGGAGAACCAACCAAGGUGACCUGCUUCCUCCGCCAAUCUGCUUUUGGCAUGGUCUUCACAGUAGCUGUUUCUUGUGUCUUGGCCAAAACAGUCACUGUGGUUGUCGCUUUCAUGGCCACCAAACCAGGCUCCAGCAUGAGGAAGUGGGUGGGGAAAAGACUGACCAACUCCAUUGUCCUUUCCUGCUCCACCAUUCAAGCAGGUAUUUGUCUUGGGUGGUUAGGAACCUCUCCCCCAUUCCCAGAUUUUGACAAACAAUCAUCUAGUAGAGAGAUCAUAGCAGAAUGUAAUGAAGGUUCCAUCACCAUGUUCUUUAUUCUCCUUGGCUACAUGGGACUUCUGUCUACCAUAAGCUUGACAGUAGCUUUCUUGGCCAGGAAGUUGCCAGACACUUUUAACGAAGCCAAAUUCAUCACCUUCAGCAUGCUUAUGUUUUGCAGCAUCUGGAUGUCUUUUUUCCCAGCCUACAUGAGCACCAAAGGGAAGUACAUGGUGGCAGUAGAGAUCUUCUCUGUUGUGGCCUCCAGUGCAGGAUUGCUGAGCUGUAUCUUUUUCCCCAAGUGCUACAUUAUCCUACAUAAGCCUGAGUUGAACAACAGGGAGCAACUAAUAAGGAGAAAAUAA